CACGCGGAUUGGUUGGGCCAUUUGAGAGUUGACGUAGACUCGACUAGGGAAAGUUCUAGGAAGAGACGUCUGAAGAGUAACAUAAAAGAAAUUCAGUAGUGCCUGAGCCUUUCUUAAUCAGGUGCUCUGAGAUAGGAAACCCUCGUAAGAAAACACUCGCGAGAAUGGACAUGAGGAAGAGCUCAAAGCCAUCCGCGAUUGACUAUGAGGUCUUCUUGAGUUUCAGAGGGCCAGACACUCGUCAAGGAUUCGCGGAUUGCUUAUACCAUGGUAUGCUAGAUGCGAACAUCCGCGUUUUCUUCGACGAGGAAGAGCUCCACGUCGGCAAAGAAAUAGGCGAUGAGCUACCGACGGCCAUCGAAAAGUCAAAGAUCUACAUACCCAUCUUCUCUAAAGGUUAUGCUUCAAGUGCGUGGUGCCUUCGCGAGCUAGCGCACAUGGUGGAGUGCAAGAUAUCCAAACCAUCCGAGAAGGAAAUUAUGCCAAUUUUCUACAACGUGGAGCCUCGCGACGUUAAGCUUAAGUCUCAACUGUACGUCGGUGCUAUGGAUGAGCACGAGGAGAAGUUCGGCCCCCAGACGAGGGAAAAGUGGGAGGAUGCCCUCAAAAGUGUUGCCAAAAUCAAAGGAUGGGAGUUGAAAAAGCAAGGGCAUUGGAAAUUCAUUAAAUCAGUAAUACAAGAGAUUGUGAUGAAGUUGAAGACAAAAGACAAAUAUGUCAUCGAGCAUAUAGUCGGAAUGCACGAUCGAGUGGAAGCCAUUAUGAAGUUAUUGGACGUGGACUCCGGGGGCAUGCGCAUUGUUCUAAUCCAUGGAAUGGGGGGAAUUGGUAAAACGACUCUCGCUAAGGUUGUGUUCAACAAAAUAAAUCACCUCUUCAGCCAUUGUUGUUUCCUAGGAAAUGUCCGGGAAUCAUCGCUCAGCUUUGGCCUCAUAACUUUACAGAAACAAUUAUUAUCUAACAUGUUUGGUUCAGGCUUUCAUGACAUAAUCAACGAUGUCGACGAUGGGAUCAAGGUUAUUGCGCAGCGACUUUCUAACAAGAAAGUUUUCAUCGUUCUGGACGACGUGGAUGAUGAGGAACAACUCGAAAAACUAGCCAUCAAGCAUGUCUCGCUCAACUCAGGGAGCAAAAUUAUUAUUACAGCUAGGAACAAAAGUGUCUUAAAAGCCGACCAAAUAUUCGAGUACGAAGUGAAGCCAUUAGAUUCCGUUCAGUCACUCGAGCUUUUCAGUAGACAUGCUUUCGGAAGAAAUUUUCCUACAAAUGAUUAUGACAGUCUUUCGAGACAAGUAGUUUCUAUGACCGGAGGACUUCCGUUGGCUCUUGAAGUCAUAGGCUCAUUACUUCAUUGCCAAAACAAAGCCUUAUGGAUAGAUGUGCUGGACAAUCUGAGGGAAAUACCUCAUGAGAAGGUCCAAGACAAGUUGAAGAUCAGCUACAAUGCCCUAAGUCAUGAGCAAAAACAAAUCUUUCUCGACAUCGCAUGUCUCUUUGUGGACGAAGACCAGACGAAUGCAUUCUAUAUGUGGAAAGAUUGUAGGUUUUUCCCGGAUUAUUCGAUUCAAGUCCUUGUCUGCAUGUCCUUGAUAAAGAUAACUGAUGACAACAAAUUUUGGAUGCACGAUCAACUAAGAUAUCUCGGGAGGAAAAUCGUUUGUGGAUAUACGAGGCUGAUGGAUCCAAGAAAACAAAGCAGGUUAUGGGAUCCUUUGACCGCCUUUAAUAUCAUAAGAACAGAAGAGAGAAAGGAAGCCAUUGAAGCAGUCUGCUUAAAUGGAAAUGCACUAGGAAGCUAUACAAGUGAAGAGUUUGCAAGGCUUCCAAACAUAAGGUUCCUCAAAUUAAUUUGGGGACAAUUAGAUGGACACUUUGAGAAUCAACUUUCAGAGUUAAGAUACAUGACCUGGCAUGGGUGUCCUCAAGAGCUCUCCGCCAUCAAUUUCCAUCCAAGCAAUCUUGUAGUUCUCAAUUUGUCUUAUAGUUCCAUCACGGAGGACUGGGCUGGCUGGAGUCAAAUCAAGGUUGCCAAGAAACUUAAAGUUAUGGAUCUCUCAUAUUGCGACAACAUGAUCAAGACUCCAAACUUCUCUGAUUAUUUGAGUUUAGAGAGAUUGAACCUUGAAGAUUGCCGACGACUUAUUGAGGUUGAUGGUUCCCUCGAGAAGCUUAAGUGCCUUAUUUACUUCAAUGCGAAAGGUUGUGAAAGACUUAGAAAGCUGCCCAAAGGAAUCGGAGGGUUAGAGAAGCUCGAGUACUUGUAUUUAGGCCAUUGCAAAAACUUGAGGAAGCUGCCUGAAUCAUUUGCGAGAGUGGCAUCACUGGUAGAGUUGGAUCUCUCAUAUACGGCUAUCACAAUAUUACCCGACUCCAUUGGUAACCAAAAGCGUUUGUUAGUACUUAAUCUGCGAUCUACCGGAAUCGAUGAACUCCCUAGUUCUAUCGGGAAUCUACGGGAACUUAAGUCUCUCAUUCUAUCGUGUACUAAAAUAAGGGAACUCCCCGUCUCACUUGGGAACUUGGAAUCACUAAUUGAGUUAGAUGUAUCGAAAACACAAAGUCUGCAGUUACCUAAAUCUAUUGGAGACCUAAGUAGAUUAAAAGUCAUCAACAUUUCGUAUUCUUUGAUAAGGGAGCUACCACAGAGCAUUGUUGAGCUAAAAGAGUUGGAAGAGCUACAUGCCGAGAAUUGCCCGCAUUUGGAGUGGGAAAUUCCUGAUGGCAUUUGGAAAUUAUCGCUUUUGAGGGUUUUGCAUUUGGAAUUAUCCCCUGUUAGAAAUGUUCCGGUGACAAUCAAACUACUUCCUCGCCUAGAGAAAUUGGGAUUAUGUGGUUGCAACAAACUCGAACUAUUGCCUAUGCUUCCCACAAGUUUGAUAAGCCUAAGCCUGGGAUCAAGUUCGCUGCGGUGGGUCCCGGAUCUCUCAAACCUAAUUGAAUUGGUGGAUUUCAGAUAUGGUGGUCAUGAUGUGAAUUGGCGUCGUCUUUACUCCCAAGAUGGUCCAUGCCGACAAUCCCUCGCGUUCCUUCCACCUUCUCUAUCAACAUUGUUUGCCCAAUAUCAUGAAUCGAUAACCAGUUCGUCGUUUCAUUGCAACUUGAGAAAAUUGACACAUUUGCACAUUAGUCACUGUCUUUGGAAGGAAGUUCAACUCGAUGGGCUUGAACGGUUGAUUGAAUUUGAAGUGGAAGGGUUAGAACUCCUUGAGGGAUUUGUGGGUCUUUUGAGUUUGAAGAGGUUGAAGCUGUUGAGGCUGAUCGAUUGCCCAAAUUUAACUACGAUCCAAGGUCUAGGUUCUGUGGAGUCGUUGAAACAUUUGGAAAUAGACAAGUGUCCUAAGAUUGAAAGUCUAGAUGACCUAUCGGAUUUGAAAAAGCUGGAGUCCUUGGUAAUUCGAGGAUGCGAAGGGCUUCUAGCAGUUAAGGGCCUGGAUGAACUAGAGGCUCUCAAAUAUUUGGAAUUUAUAGGUUGCAUAUCAUUGAGAAGUUUCCCUAAUGUACUCAAUUGGAAAUUAUCAGACGAGUGCUCACUAACAAUUGCCGACUGCCCAAAUUUAAGAGAUGAUUGGUUUGAAGAGACAGUCAGCAUGUACAAGCAAUGGAAACAUUUGAAAUUCAAGUCUCGCCUGUCACUAUGAUGAGGCGGCCAUUCUUUCAGGUUCAAUUUCAAGAAUUUUCAGCUUCCCCAAUAUUCAACCUGUCUUAGUUUCACUAGCCAUUGCUCUGUAAGUGGCUUUCAAGUUAGACACCAUAAAUUGUGAUCCGUGUGUAAUUAUUCAUGUG